AUGAAUCAAUCCAAUAUUAAUCUUCUUGAUUUACCUAAUGAAAUAUUAUUUAUUAUUUUAAAAAAACUCGAUAAUAUAGAUGUACUUUAUUCAUUAUUAGGUAUUGAUAAUCAACGACUUGAUACUAUAAUACAAGAAAAUAUUUUUACUAAUACUCUUAAUUUUGUAUUAACAACAUUAACUGAUAAUAUAUAUUCGAUUACUGAUCCAAUACUUAAUCGAUUUUGUAUAAAUAUCUUACCAAAAAUUCAUAACAAUGUUAAAUCUCUUAUUCUUGAUUCAAUAUCUAUGGAAAAAAUUCUUCUUGCUGGUGAUUAUCCUAAUUUAACUCAAGUUAAAAUUUUUAAUUUUAAUGAGAAAAUUCUUUCACGUUAUUUUACAGAUCAAUCACCUUUUCGACGUAUUUUUCAAGAACAAAUAACAGAUCUUAUUCUUAUAUUUGAAAAGAAUAUUAAUAAAAUAUUAGAAGAAUUUAAUACAAUCAAUUUAUAUACAUAUGUUUUUAAUUUCUUCAUAAAUCUUAAAUAUUUAUCUAUUACUGGAUUAUUUCCAUAUCCUUUUCCGCAUUUAAAUUGUCGUCAAUUACCUAUAACUAUUUGUUUAUGUUCAACUCUUUACAAAUUAUCUCUUGAUGUCCCUAGUCUUGUAGAUUGUUAUGCUUUACUUGAUGGUCGUCUUAAACAAUUAACUAUAUUAAUUCUUAAUAUUGCUAUGCUAAACUGUCGUAUAUCGAAUAUUUAUAAUAUGGAUGAUCUACCUAAUUUGAAGUGUUUCUCUUUAAAAGGAUUUAAUUGCUUUAUUGACUCAUAUGAUAAUAAAAUUUUACCUCUUUUGCGUCGUAUGUUAAAUCUUGAAGAAUUAACUUUAUAUUUUACUGUUGUAAAUCGAACUACAUUUAUCGAUGGUACUUCUAUUUAUAAUGAAAUUCUUGUUUAUAUGCCACGACUUAACAAGUUUAACUUUGGUAUUUGUACUGAGAUCAUAGUAAUAAACAAUUUAAUUCAUCGUUUAUCUAAAGAUGAUAUUCAACGAACUUUUACUAACAUUAUAUUUCAACAAGUGGAAUGUAUUGUCACUUACUCAUGUCGUAGAGGUAAAUGUUAUGUCUUUUCAUUACCAUUCAUGUUUAAUGAUCUCGAUUAUAUUGGUAAUAGAUUUCCAACUAUUAUUUUUACUUAUGUUCGAAGUUUAAAACUGGAGGAUGAAGUUCCAUUUGAACAUGAAUUUUUCAUUCGAAUUGCUUGGUCUUUUCCUUUACUUGAAAAAUUAUCUAUUAUGAAUCUUAAACGACAAUCAUCAAUUGCAAAAAAAUUGAACUGUGAUGAUAAUCAGUUAUAUUCAAUUGUUAAAUUUCCUUAUCUUACUUCAAUUUUUUUUUGUGAUGUUCAUAAUGAUUAUGUUGAACAAUUUCUCAAUGAUACAAAAACACAUUUACCUUGUCUAACUAAAUUAACAAUCGUUUGUAAUCAAUUACAACUUAUGACAGAAAAUUUUACAAGAGAUAGAACACGACUCAAUUGUAUCAAUGUGAGACAAUUAUUAAAUCUUGGUGAACCAAUAGUACAUUCAGAAGAUUUCUAUGUUUAUUUUCCUUUGUUGAAACCUAGCGUUUUUUUCUGA